GAACUUAUCAGACGUAUCAUMUGACAGUUUGCGAAAUUGAAAUUGAAAGUCUGUUCAAUUUGUAUUGGACUUUUUAACAAGCAAGAGCUCCCAGUUUACAAUCAUGAGCUGUGCAAAAGCAUUCUUGUUCUUCUUGAAUACUGUAUUUCUGGGACUGUCUGGACUUCUCAUAUAUGUAGCAGUAUGGCUGAUACAAUCCUACAAAGAUUAUUACAAGUUGACAACAGACACAUAUACAGUGGUACCAGCUGGUAUCAUCAUUGCAGUGGGAGUUUUUGUUUUUAUCACUGCUGUUUGUGGCUGCUGUGGCAUUUUCCGUAGCAGCAAGUGCUGCCUUGGAACCUUCUUUAUACUUCUUUUGAUUGUACUGUCCAUGGAAAUUGCUGCUGGAGUGCUUGGUGCUGUUUACAAGAAUCAGGCUAAAGAUGAUGUGAAAAAAGGACUUGAUGAUGCMRUUCACCACUACAAUCACACUGGAUAUGGYAUUGACAAGGCUUUGGACUUUCUCCAAAAUAAGUUGAAGUGCUGUGGUGACARCAAUUACACUGAUUACCACACUUCUCCAUACUUCAAAACACACAAGGAAUAUCCAGACUCUUGCUAUCCAAMGGGUCCACACAAUCCUUUUGCUGCUCCCCACAGAAAAGGAUGCUAUGAAAGCUUAUUGUCGAAGUUYGAUGACUAUUUGACAUACAUCAUUGGUAUUGGCAUUGGUUUUGCCAUCCUUCAGCUCUUUGGCAUGGUUGCAUCAUGCUUUGUGAUAUGCAAGAGUGGAGAAGUGUCUUAUUCCACGCUAAACGGAGGAACAUUUGUUUGAACAGAACAGUGUACAGAUAUUUUGACUGCUAACACAUAAAGAUAAACCGUGCCAGCUUUUAGCGGCUCUAGAUACUCUAUAUUAGAAAAUGUUUAUUAAGAUAUUUUUUCUAGUGAUUCCCACAAGGGGCACAAAAAUGCAUGCAUACUCUUUAUGUAUACAUGGACUAAAAUUUCCCUUUUUGGUAAAGAUGAUUUUCUAAAUAAAUAUUCCAAUACACGAUAAGUAAAAGAAAAAAGGGAAUCAAGAUACCUCCCACCCCUCCUGCUCCACCUGCUGCAACCCCUGCUUAUWAAGCAUACAAUGAUAGGCGAUGAUAGGCGAUAAAGGAUGAAUGAAAUGGAUGGGCAAAAAAAGAAUGAAAAAAAUGUAAUUGCAUUGAAAAGCAGUCAGGGAGAAUUCUUAUAUUCAAGUCGGGAUUCCAAUGCUGAUCUUGCGCUAAAAUAACAGAUUAAGUUAAAAAAAGGUUUUUAAAAGCUUGAUUGAUUGUUCAUAAUUCAUGAUUGCAUUAGAUUAAUAUGUACGAUAGUGCAAUUAUUCAUUAGCAAGUGUGAAUCAUGAACCUUGCCAAAUGUACAAUUAUUUGUAUAAUAAAAGCUAUUUGAUCUGUUUGUA